CCACACAUACCUACAUAUCUACAUACAGCCAUACAGCAGCCAUACAUACAGAGAGACAGACAGUCAGACAGACAGAAAGAGAAACAAGUGAAGAAAAAUAAAGAGUUUGAGAAUCCACAAAAUCCUGAAAACCCUCUGAGUUACUUAUAAACGCAAGUUCUGAAUUAUUUAUUCGCCAUGAGUCAAAGCUCGCAUUCCAUGAGUCGCAUGGGUGGGCCUGGCGGUGGUGGCGGGCGAUGGAAGUGGUCGCUCGACUUCAACACGGGGCGUGGUGGGCGUGGGGGUGGUUCGGGCUCGGCAUCCGAGUUGUCGAGCCCGCCGGGCUACUCGGUGUCGAAUGCCCAGCAAGCGGCCGAAGUAUACCGAACGGCCGAUAAGGGCUUGAAGGUCAAGCGAUCCUGGGACUUGGCCUUGGGACCCAUUAAGCAGGUGCCCAUGAACUUAUUCAUCAUGUACAUGUCCGGCAAUACGAUUAGCAUCUUCCCCAUUAUGAUGGUGAUCAUGAUGGCUAUCCGACCCCUUAAAACCCUGUUUACGGUCAACGCUACCUUCAAGAACUUUGAUGCCAAUGACAGUCCCACGUCCCACUUAGGUCAGAAGUUUGUUUUCGUCCUGGGGAACUUGGCUAAUGUGGCUCUCGCCAUGUACAAAUGUCAUGGCAUGGGUCUCCUACCAACCCACGCUUCCGAUUGGCUGGCUUUUGCCGAUCCCAUUGAACGCGUGGAAUGGGCCUACGUAGGCAUGUAGUAACAAGUGGUAUGUACUUCAGUUUGGCCAACCUUGACCGUGCUUGUUAUUGCAUACUGUACAUUUACCAUUAUCUAUUCCAAUUUUGUUACAUUACGCGUUGGAUCCCGUCACGGCCAACCCAUUAUAAUGAAAAUAAAUCAGUCACUCAAAUCUA